ACAACGAAUAUUCCUUUCGUUUAUUUUAUGGAGCAGGAACUAGGAAGUUAAUUCAAACUGAGAGAUAUUCUCACUGGUGGUAGUAAGCACAAAAACGUCGUUACUUCCUAUUGAGCUCAAAUCCUGUGCAAUGAAACUAAAGAUGUUUGGUUCUGGAUUUCUUACUCUAUUUGGUGUCAGUCUAUUCUUCCAAUGUGAUGGUCGAAUCACGUCACCGCCUGAUGGGAAAAUUCUUACCUUGUUAAAUGGAUCAACAGCAAAUAUAACGUGGUCGUUUGAUAAUGAUUUAUCAGCAGUAAAUUUACGUGUUUGGAAAUUCACAAGUAGUGAUGGUGUAUUCAAUGAUGAUCGACUUGGAAGAAUAAUUGACAAUGACCCUCCUUCAAAAAUAACUCGUUUACUUGAUGUUGCAAUUGAAAGACCCGGGACAUUGCUUUUAAAGAAUGUUAAUCAAACUUAUGAUGGAACAUACAAGUUUUCAAUUGAAACUGAAACAUCUGCAGUUGUCGUUUAUAUUGCAAAGAAACCAAAUGUUACACUGGAUUGUCGUAACUGUCCCGUUAGGCCAGAUGAAGGUGAUAACUUCACAUGUCUGUGUAAAAGUAAAGGUGGAAACCCUCCUCCUAAUGUUACCUGGUAUAAAGAUGGAGUCAAAAUUAGUGAUGUUGGAACAGUGAAUCAAACGUUAAAUAUCUGGAAUAUUAAUAGAAAAGAUACUGGAACUUAUAAGUGUGUGGCUACCAGCUACCCUAAUAUAAAUUAUACUGAUGAAAAAUCAUGCCAAGUGAUAGUUAAUUUCAAACCAACGAAUACAGAAAUUAAAUUUUCACAGAAUCCGGCUGUGGUUAACCAAACAGUGAAAAUAACGUGUGCUUUCGAAGGCCAACCUAAGGCAACCUAUAUCAUAUACUAUAAUGAUACUAAGGUUGUUAGUACUAACAUGCCGUAUUUUAAAAACGUUACGCUGGAGGAUGCUGGAACAUACAAAUGCAUUGCAAAUAAUACUCUGGGAAACGACUCCGAUUCUAAGAUUUUAAACGUCACCGAUAAACCAAUACGAACAACGCCUCCAACACUUUUUCAGUCAACGUAUACACAGGCAAUACAGCCAUCAUCAACAGUACAACGUACAGUACCAAGCAACAGUGUUACACCUGCAGAACCAGGUGAAAGUGGACCAAACAUUCCUCUUAUCAUCGGGCUAGUUCUUGGUGGGGUUGCGCUUAUUGCCAUUUGUGGGGUAGUUUAUUGUAAAUUCAAAGGAAACGAAAGGGAAGACAAGAAAAGGCUUAGAGGAAAUGCCGACGUGAACCCGAAUGGCUCAAGAGUGAUUACAAACCAGUACGAACUGGAGGAAGAUCAUGGUGAAGAUGCAGGCGCCUACGAUACGGUGAAACAAUCCGAUGAUGGUGAAGGCUUGCAGGAUAGAAAGAAGCCUGCUGGAGACUCACUCCCCCCCGUUUAUGCCUCGGUAAAUAAGGACAACAGACAAGGGAACACGUUGUAUGCAUCUCUGGAUUCUGAGGAGUUGAGGAAGCCUGGGUCGAGGAGAAAACAACCGGAAACAAAAAAUGCACCAACUGAGUAUGCGAGCAUCGACUUCAUGCAGACUGGGAAGACACCAAAUGCAGAUAAUGCAGAAACUGGAGAUGGCAAAGAGAGAAGUUGAUUCGAUUUUGCAACAUUGGCAAAGCCAGCAGUUUUUAAUGCGGUUUCAGUUUCCCAAUAGACGCAUAUAAUUAGCCUUUCUCACGAUAACGAAUAUGCGCCAUUUUUGAGGUAGUUUUCUUUAAUUUGUGAGGGCAAGACCUUGUCAGGGCGGCUGUCUUUAAUUUUAGGCUUAAUUUAUUUUUCAAAUGGUUUAUGGUCUAUUAUUGUUUAAACGCAUUUAAGAAAAUUGAAAGUACCCCAAAAAUGGCGGAUAUUCGUCAUCGUGAGAAAGGCUAAUGAUACCUAGUCGCUGAGUGUGCAUACUCUAUGGAUGAAAUUCCAACUUGACUCCUUUUUGUUAUGGUUUGACAAUCGAUUGAGCCAAUUUGUAUGUCUAUGCAGAGAGGUUCCAGAAUUUGAUUCGAUAUAAUUAUAUCACUGUUUUUGGCAAUAAUGGUGUGCUGUCUAAAAAACUGCGGAAUUUUAGGAACACGAGAAUAUGUAAUAGCGUUUUUCUGUUAUAUUACUAUAUGUGUAUUCACGAUUUGUUUUAAUAGUUAGUUUUAUAUAACAAGUAUAGUUAUUAGUGUCACGCCAUAGGUUGUGAUUUAUAUAUUGACGAGAGCUUACUAACUUUUUUGCCUUUUUUAUUUUCAACCAAUUUAAGUUCCCUGUUGACAACCUAGCCUUAAACUCUAUUGCUGCAUGGUUGCAUUAAUAGCGGAUAUACCCUAUCAAAGUUUCUACAAUCCAGUAAUCACAGGACUGCUUUUAAAAGCACCGUCAGGCGACUGCAUGUGAUCGAUAGCUUCUGACUUGAAACUCAAGAUUCUUGAAUCUGAUUUCAAAGAGAAAUUUGGCAGAAAACGUUAGUAAGUUACCGUCUUUCUAUUUUAGAUUCAGGGAUUGCAUGCAUAAUAUAAUUAUGUUAAUAACUUAGAUAUAUGUGCUUAGAUAUAAGGGAUGAUAAUGGUCUUUAAUUAUUCGCACAAUAUUCUAUGUAUAUACUGUAUACCACAGCAUGACAUGUAAAAUAUGUUGUAACCUGAUUAAUUGCAUUGAUUGCACAAAAAUAAUAGAGAUAAUUAUAAUAUAUGUUUUUUUGUUGUCCUAUCAUAACUGGCUUCAGAUACAUGUAUUUUCUUCAAAGUUAAUACUUUGGUACCGGAAAAUAUCGCAUAUGGUUAUGACACUGUCACUGCUUACACUGUGGUUGCUGACUUGCAUUCGAACGGCUGGAUUGAUGUCCAAUCACGUGCCGUGUUUGUAGAGUUCACCGUAUACAACGCGAAUGCAAACCUAUUUGGCAUCGUUUCGUAUUUUGUGGAAUUUCCACAAUAUUCAGCUCCUGUCACCAGGGUCCAAUACCAAGUUGCGCGGUUUUAUCUUUACCUCAGUGGCGGUAAAACUCUGGCUCAAGUCCUGGUCAUCUUCUUCAUGAUGUAUUUUCUCUUCAGAGAAGGAAAACUCGUUUACAAACAACGCUGGUCUUACUUUAAAGAUUUCUUGAAUUGGGUUGAAGUCAUCCUCCUUGUCAGCGAAUUCCUAUUGAUCGUCUUAUUCCUGGCACGUCUUUACGAAGUUGAUCGAAAUCCUCUUCAGCUACGGGAGAAUCCAAAUGAUUACGUUGGUUUCCAAUAUGCUGGGAAUGCAGACGCCAUGAUGACCUACAUCCUUGGUGUCCUUGUGCUCUUAUAAUAGCUGCCUUUUCACUUUUAUAGCACUACAAG